UAACCUCUCGGUUCGUCAUUUUAUUCCAUUUUCCAAUUUUCUUCUAUUAGUCAAUUUUACUUUACUUUAUAAUAGCCCAUAUAUACAUUUAUAUUUCAUAAAAAAAAAAAUGAGAAUUUUUUAGUAUUUUAAUCGAUAUUAUUUUAACCUUAAAAAAAAUAAAAUGGCCUUAGUAGUAAGACCAAUAUAUAGGAAUUGUUAUUUUGUACACAACGUAAUCAAACCGGCAAAAUGGAGAUCAAAUAAAAUCUAUCCUUUAAGAAUUUUAUCUAGUGGACUUUGUUAUCAACAGAACAUUAUCCACAGACCUUUACUCGAAGUUAAACAAACGCAAUCAUUAGUGAGUUCAGUAACACAGCGCUCAAUACAAAGCGGCAAUAAUGUCAACAAACAACAAGAAGAGCCUCCAACACCAAAACCAGGACUCUUGCAAAGAUUUAAAGAUAUGUACAGAGAUUAUUGGUAUGUUCUAGUGCCUGUUCAUAUGGUGUCAUCAGCGGUAUGGUUUGGUGGUUUCUACUAUGCAGUUAGAAGUGGUUUAGAUGUUUUAGCAAUAUUGGAAUCAAUUGGUGUUAGUGAAACUUUAAUAUCACCUUUAAGGGAUUCAAGCGCAGGAUAUUUUGCUCUAGCAUUUGCUCUCUACAAAGCAGUAACUCCACUGCGCUAUGCUGUCACUGUUGGUGGAACAACAGUUGCUAUUAAAAAGUUAACAGCAAUAGGUUGGAUUAAGCCUGUACCCUCAAGGGAGCGCAUCAAAGAAUUGCUUCAAGAGAAAAAGGACACCAUACAGGAUAAACUUAAGGAAAGCAAAGAGCACUACCAGGUACAGAUGAAAGAGAAAAGCACCCAAGUAAUGGACGAGAUGCGACGAUAUAAGACCGAAAUGCGAAAUAUGAAAAACAAGGUGAAAAAAAUGUGAAUAUAUUUAUGAUAUUUGAUAAAAUAACUUAAUGUUGCCUCAUCUACUUUAUGUACGGUUUAACCAAUAAAUUAUUAUUUACAUAUUUUAAACCCUAAGGGCUGUUUAUAGUUAUGAAAAAAUA